AUGUCAGCGGAACCAAAAAACGGCCGAGAGGCACUGCGCGUACGCUUCUCAGAGGCGGCAAAGGGCGUCACGGAGUUGUACCGCGAUGCGGUGGUGUCGUACGAUGCGGGGUACCGUGACGCUCUGCUGCAUGUCCAUCGCUAUGUUCUCCUCGCUGUCCAGAGCGCGACGGCGUCAACGGGGACCUCAUCCCACAACGGCCAACAACACGUGAGGACGGAAUUCACCCCACCACAGCUGCCGCCGUCGCCACCGUCGCUGGAUGCGGGCCACUUGCUGCGGUUUAUUCAGAGCACGCUGAAACGCCGCGAUGCCUUGGCGGCCGCAUCACGCAGUGUGGUGCGGCGACGCAAGCGUUCUUCCAGCCGUGCGGAGAGGACGGCGCACGGCGUGUGCCGCGAGGACGACCGUAGUACGCCGUACCGCCGUCUGCAGCCGCCCGUCGCUGCAGUGGAGAAGCCCGGUGAUCUGGCGGUGGGCGACAUGCUGCGCGAUGUACAUAUUACUCCCCACGCGGAGUCCGACUCCGGGACCACCGACGACGAGGACUUUGCUGCAAUGCUAUAG